AUUGCACUGUAGCCUGAAUUGGGCUAAAAAAAAGGUGCACAUUCAGCACAAUCCUAACAGCAGUUUUAUGUCUACACAGAGAUGUAUUUAAUUCAGUCCUCAUAAUGUAAUCUUUUCUGUGCAAUUUAAACACUGCUGUCUGUUGGUAUUUAUCAGAUAGUUGUAUUUCACCCUCACCACUGUCAGGAACAAAGUCACAGAACACAUAAUGCAGAAUUAAAGCGGAACAUGUAGCCCUUCAGAAUAAAAUGGAGCCUGUGCGCCGGCAUUAAGAGCCUUCUACCUCCGGGGGAAAGUGAAAGUAAACACAGAGUCGGAGGACGUGGAUGGGCAGUCUGUCUGCCUCAACCGCUACUAAUGAUAACUGAUUGUCUUUUCCAACGUGUGAAAGAGUCUCUCCAGUCUUUAUCCAGUGGCCGAGAUGAAGUUGCUGCUGGUUCUGAUGUCCUCUCUCUCUCUGGUGGACGCUCCAGAGUCUGAUGUGAUUGGCUCACAUAACCCAGUUACAGUAACACUCGGUGAUAACGCCAUCCUGCCAUGUUACCUGGAGCCUCCAUUCGAUGUGAGGACUCUAACAGUGGAGUGGAAACGUGAUGAACAAUAUGUCCACGUCAGCCGACAUGGGAAGGACUAUCUAGAUGAUCAGGAUGAGAACUUCCGAGGUAGAACAUCUGUCUUCCAUGAAGAAAUGAUCUUUGGAAACAUUUCACUAAAACUGACCAACGUAACUGAACUGGAUGCUGGAAGUUACUCCUGCUUUGUUCCUAAACUACAAAGUCAGGCCAGGAGAGGCUUCAUUAACCUCACUGUUGAGCCAGUGGAGCAGAAAAAUGACAAAGGAAGUCAGACCAAUAAUACCAACACAGAGCCAGGGAAUCAUGGUGUUCUUGGCGCUGUUGCUAUAACUGGCAUUUCUGUAGCAGUCUGUGCUCUCCUUGCUGUUGGUAUUGCUGCUGUAUUAUGGAUGAAAUAUGGAAAUCUCAGAGGACAAGAGAGAGAAUAUCUUCCAGCACAGAGGGACAAUGCUGGACUCUGAUGUCAAAAUGUGUUUUUUCUAAAGGUUCAUGCAGUCAGUACACAAUACAAUCAUGACUGAAGGCAUGUCUGAGCUUUUCAUUUGUAUUCACUGUAAACUGGAUGAUGAUAGCAGGUAACUCCUGUCUGAACUCAUGGUGGCGCUAUGGUCAUCAGCAAAAUCUCAGUACUGAGUGUGCAGUAAAUUUUGUCUCCUGUCAGUGUUUUACUUUUGACUUGAUGUUACUGCUGUGUAAGGUUGAGCUUAUUUUAACUACUCUAUACACAGUUGGGUAGUUUAAUCUACAGCAAUGCAUCAUAUUCUAUCAGAUCAUAAUGUAGUUUAACAUAGUUUUCCUGUAAGGUUCUCACCUGUAAAAAAUCAGAAACAGCCUAUUUUCAAAUUUUACUUAUACUUGAGUAAAUGUACUUAGUUACAUUCCACCACUAGACACAUUACAGUAACAAUAAACAGCUGUCUGACCUGUGAUUACUGUCAGUAUGACCAGUUACAUUAGGCUGUAUGUGUAAGAUAUUACAGGAUAAACAUUAAAUAGAGCUACACUGAGACGUAUCAAUGAAUUUAUUUAUUUUUCACUGUGAUCUGUAAAUACUGUAAAAACUUGUAAAUGUGUUUGUUGGUUGAAUAUAUUCUGAAAGGUUUAUGAACGAUGUCGACCUGAGGUACGUGUGCAAAUGAUUCCACUGGAUGUCAGUAAAUCCUUCACACUGGACCUUUAAUAGUGUGUUUGUAGUGCGCCUCAUGUUAUCUAGCUUCAUUUUCCACUUCAACAUCUAUUUUAAAAAGCAGUAUACUGUAUAUAUAAAAUGGUUCUAGUUUUAUACCAGCAUGCUCAAAAUCACACAUGGAGGGUCAUUUUUAUAAACUGAAACAUCUGGACACUAAGAGACUGAAAUAUCAUCCUGAAACUGUGAUUGUUGUUUGUUUAUGAAAAUAAAUGUAUUUUUUAACUUG